CGAUAUUAACUAGGCGGGCUUCGAAAGGGAGCAGGGAAUUGAUCUACCAAGGUGAAUCUUGAAAUUAUGAAAUACUCCGUAUUGAAUGUAAGUUGACUUUUUUUUUGGGGAAGAAAGGGCGGCGUUUCCGAGCUUGAGGUACACGAGGGAAAUUAACAUUCAAAUUAUUCUAGUCGAGUAGGAUAAACAAAUUCCAGUCUCAUUUCACCCACUCCCUUCCCAAAAGUGACCCAAAACCUCCCAAAAAAAUUCCAAGAAUUAGGGAUAAUGUACGAAUCAUCGAUCAAGAUGGAAAGAGCUCUGAUUCAGCCUUUACUCGCUGCAUUAAUGGCGUCGAUUAUCGCUAUCCGAGCUUACAGGAAGAAGUCUCUUGAUCUUUCUGGAGCUUUCUUCGGAUUUCUCGUCGUCUUCAUUCAUCUCGCUACUAAUCUCAGGGCUGGAGAUAUUUUGCUAGUGUUUUUCUUUACUUCAUCGCAGCUAACCAAAAUUGGCGCCGAGAAGAAGCGUAAAUCUGAUGUUGAGUACAAGGAGGGUGGUCAGAGGAAUUGGAUACAAGUACUCUCUAAUAGUGCCAUUUCUUGUGCGUUGGUUCUGACUAUCUGGAAGUUGGUUGGAUGGGAAGACAAGUGUUUGGAUUCCAGAGAAUCUACUCUUAUUACUGCACUCUUAGGUGGCAUAAUUGGUCACUACUGUUGUUGCAAUGGAGAUACUUGGUCCUCUGAAAUUGGUGUACUUAGUAAAGCACAGCCUCGUCUUAUCACAACCUUAAAGUCAGUUCGCAAGGGUACAAAUGGUGGUGUCACCAAAACAGGGCUCUUGGCAGCUGCAGCUGGAGGCUGUUUAGUUGGACUUACAUUCUCUGUGUUGGGAUUUUUCACGACUAACUGUCCUUCUGAUGUUGCUCUGAAACAACUUCUGGUAAUACCCAUUGCAACACUGGCAGGACUAUUUGGCAGUUUGCUAGAUUCGUUGUUGGGGGCAACGCUGCAAUUUAGCGGAUUUUGUACUGUUCGUAAUAAGGUUGUUGGGAAACCUGGACGCACUGUUAAGCGUAUCUGUGGUGUUGAUAUCCUCGACAACAAUGGUGUCAAUUUUGUCUCGAUACUGCUCACCACCCUGCUGACUUCUGUUGCCUGUGUGUACAUAUUCUGAGACUCCUUUGAUUCUAAAUGUUGAAGAUAUUACAGUCUUAAGAUUUACUCUUCUAAAUGCUGAGCUGAUCUGACUACACACCCCAAAGGAAGAAAUCCUGACAUUCUAGUUUAAUCUCUUCUCUUUUUUGGCGUUUUGAAAUGAGUUCACAUGUACAUUUCUCUGUUUAGUCUGAACUCUGAAGAUUGAAGUUGUCUGUUAGAAAUACAAGUAGUUGAUACAAGUAUGUAGCAAUAGUUGUUGAAUAUUUUGGAACACCAAACAAUUACAUAGAUGAAGUUAAUAAGACAGCACUUUACAAAUUACAAA